ACUCGCGAGUCAUUGGAGUAAAAGCCUUUCAAUCACCCCAGCCUCCCCAUCGCGGCAUUAACUCACACAGCAAGCCACAGAGUGAUAGUUCCCUACAAUUUGUGCUGGAUUUUAUUCACUGAAGUUUUCAUCUCAAAAGUUGGUUAUUCAUGAUGACGCCCUCUUGAGGUCGGUGUGUUAGGUGAUGUUCCUGUUGACCCCAUUGUGACCUUGGUGGUUUCCGCUGGGACUAGACAAUCGUAAGCAGAACUGUCAAGUCACAGAAAGAUGACAUCAACAUCCCCCUCCCACAGCGACAGCAGCAGCGGCUCGUCCAAACAUGGCAGCCAUCAGGACAGCUGGGAGAUCAUAGAGGGGCUAAAGGGUAACCCUGGCAACAUCCAGGAGCCAGAGAAACAGGAAGGCUUCCUGCUCAAGAGGAGGAAAUGGCCCAUGAAGGGAUGGCACAAGAGAUACUUCUUGCUGGAGAAAGGCAUUCUGAAGUACUCAAAAUGUAGAGCUGAUCUGAGGAAAGGCAAGCUGCAUGGCUGCAUUGAUGUGGGGCUGUCUGUCAUGUCAAUCAAGAAGAAAACCAAGGCCAUCGAUCUGGACGCCAACAACAACAUUUAUCACCUCAAGGUGAAGUCUGAGAAGUCUCAGGAAGUGAAGUCACAGGAGUUGUUUGAUGAUUGGGUGUCGAAGCUACGACAUCACCGUGUCUUCCGUCAGAACGAGAUCGCCAUGUACCCCCACGAGAGGCACCUGUUUCACCCCUCACACCUCUCGCCUAACCUCAACGACUCCAUGAGACAGCAGCACUCCAGUCUGGCUAAGCAGGCGUCAGUUGUCCAGCAGGCGAAGGUCAGUGCCUGGCUUCACUCCUCAGAAGACAUGGACAGGUGCUGCAGAGACUUGAAGGACUGUGAGUCUUACCUGUUGGAACUCAACCUGCUGCUGAAGAGUAUGGAGGUUCUCCACCGCACUUCCUCUGCCCCCGCCAUCAGCCUCAUGGCCUCAACAUACGACAUUCCCAAGAAGGAGAAGAGGGGUCCCAGGAAGUGGCGUUCAAAACAUUCCACCAAAGAUGCCCCAGCCACACUACAGGUUCCUGGCUGUGGCUCACCGCCUGCCUCUCCUCAUCUCCAUACCUCCCACCCAAACCUCUCUACUGCUGAAGCCAACACCUCCUUCCUGGAAACCCCAGACUCACCUACUGAUGCCAACCGCCUCCAGGAAGACUUCUGCAGGCUGGCUAACAACAUUCACUCCACUCUGCGGUCAGCCUAUAGUUCUCUAUCAGCAGAGAGAGACAGAGUGAGACACACUAUUGACCUGAAGGCCCCCCCUCCAGCGCAGGUCAUGGGCCUCAAGACCGGCUAUGGCUCGGGUCUCCCAGAUGGAUCCCGCCAACUUGUCCACCAGGCAUCCAAUGAGUCCAUGUCGGAGUUCUUUGAUGCUCAGGAGUACCAGCUGACCUCCAGCUCCUCUGAGAAUGAGGCUUCUGAUGAUGACUCGUAUAUCAGUGAUGUCAGUGACAGUGUUUCCAUGGACACUGGCUACAGCAACGAGGGAGGAAGCGAGAGACAUGACUCUGGCUCAGGAGGAAGUGGUGUUCAGGUGGCCUGUAGACGGACUACCCUCCCCUCCCCUCAGCCCAGCAGCAGCAGUGUCAGUCUAUGGAACAUCCUCAAGAACAACAUAGGGAAGGACCUGUCCAAGGUCGCCAUGCCUGUUCAUCUCAACGAGCCUCUCAACACACUGCAGAGGCUGUGUGAGGAGGUGGAGUACUCUGAGCUGCUGGAUACAGCGAACCACACACAGGACCCAUACCAGAGAAUGGUGUAUGUGGCAACAUUUGCAGUGUCUGCAUAUGCCUCCAGUUACCACCGGGCAGGAAGUAAACCCUUUAACCCCGUCCUGGGAGAGACCUAUGAGUGUGACAGACCUGACAAGGGCUUCAGGUUCAUAGCAGAACAGGUGAGCCAUCACCCACCUGUGUCAGCGUGUCACUGUGACUCUCACAACUUCACGUUCUGGCAAGAUGUCCAGUGGAAGAAUAAGUUCUGGGGGAAAUCCAUGGAGAUUGUUCCCAUGGGAACCACUCAUGUGACCCUGCCAGGGUUUGGGGACCACUAUGAGUGGAACAAGGUCACGUCCUGCAUCCACAACAUUCUGAGUGGCCAGCGCUGGAUAGAACACUACGGAGAGAUGUCAAUCAAAAACACCAGCAGUGACGCUUGCCAGUGUACAGUGACCUUCGUCAAGGCAAAAUCGUGGAGCUCAACGGUGAACAAGAUAGAGGGAGUGGUUACAGACAGUGGGGGGCGUGUCAUCCACUCAUUCUUUGGCAAAUGGCAUGAAGGCGUGUACCAAGGAGACACACCCUCUGCCAUCUGCAUCUGGAGAGCAAACCCCAUGCCUGUGGACCAGGACCAGUACUAUGGCUUCACUCAGUUUGGUGUGGAGCUGAAUGAGCUUGAUGCCGCCCUGAAGCCCUUCCUACCCCCCACAGACACACGCUUCCGUCUCGACCAGAGGUGUUUGGAAGAAGGGAACAUUGAGGGGGCUGAGGAGCAGAAGCAGAGGAUAGAGCUGCUCCAGAGAGAAAGGAGAAAAGUCUUGGAGGAGAACAACAUGACGCACAAACCACGCUUCUUCAAGAAAUCAAAGGAUGACACGUGGCUGAGCUCUAAUACAUACUGGGAGCAGCGGAAGGACCCUGGGUUCAGCUCUAGAGAGGACUUCCCUGUGCUGUGGUGACCCUGUAACCCCACAGGAGUACAGAUCUAGGGUCAGAUUAUCCUUGCCCACAACAGACACAGGAUUUUCCAAAAAGGGGAUCUCCACCUCCACACCAAAAUUGCCAUCUGCAUCACCACACUUCUUUACAGCAGUGAAACCUGGGUCACUUAGUCGCCACAACAAGCAACUCAAGCGAUUCCACAGAAGAUGCCUGCAGCGCAUCCAGGGAAUCACCUGGUGCAACCGUGUCCUGUACAGAAAUACUUGUUAAGACCCACUGUGAGAGUAUGGAGGCCACGGUCGCCCAACACCAACUGAGCUGGCUUGGGCAUAUCAUUAGAAUAUCUUGGGAGUGCUAGCCAUGGAAGAUCCUGUAUGGCCAGCUAUAUCUUGGGAGUGCUAGCCAUGGAAGAUCCUGUAUGGCCAGCUAUAUCUUGGGAGUGCUUGCCGUGGAAGAUCCUGUAUGGCCAGCUAUAUCUUGGGAGUGCUAGCCAUGGAAGAUCCUGUAUGGCCAGCUAUAUCUUGGGAGUGCUUGCCGUGGAAGAUCCUGUAUGGCCAGCUAUAUCUUGGGAGUGCUUGCCGUGGAAGAUCCUGUAUGGCCAGCUAUAUCUUGGGAGUGCUUGCCGUGGAAGAUCCUGUAUGGUCAGCUAUAUCUUGGGAGUGCUAGCCGUGGAAGAUCCUGUAUGGCCAGCUGUAUCUUGGGAGUGCUUGCCGUGGAAGAUCCUGUAUGGCCAGCUGUAUCUUGGGAGUGCUUGCCGUGGAAGAUCCUGUAUGGCCAGCUGUAUCUUGGGAGUGCUUGCCGUGGAAGAUCCUGUAUGGUCAGCUAUAUCUUGGGAGUGCUAGCCGUGGAAGAUCCUGUAUGGCCAGCUGUAUCUUGGGAGUGCUUGCCGUGGAAGAUCCUGUAUGGCCAGCUGUAUCUUGGGAGUGCUUGCCGUGGAAGAUCCUGUAUGGCCAGCUGUAUCUUGGGAGUGCUUGCCGUGGAAGAUCCUGUAUGGUCAGCUGUAUCUUGGGAGUGCUAGCCGUGGAAGAUCCUGUAUGGCCAGCUGUAUCUUGGGAGUGCUUGCCGUGGAAGAUCCUGUAUGGCCAGCUAUAUCUUGGGAGUGCUAGCCGUGGAAGAUCCUGUAUGGCCAGCUAUAUCUUGGCCGGUGGUCUGUAGGGGGGCAGCUAAAAAACAUGGCUGAAGAAGAGCAACAUCAAACCCACAGAAAGAGAGGAUGCUGCUGCCGACCGUUCCACCUGGAGGAGCUCCGGAGGGUGUACAGAGGAGGGGAGGAGCUCCGGAGGGUGUACAGAGGAGGGGAGGAGCUCCGGAGGGUGUACAGAGGAGGGGAGGAGCUCCGGAGAGACAGAACCAUGCCUGCCCCCGCCAACACAGACAUAUGCCCCACCUGCAAUAAAAUUUGGAUCUCCGAUUGGACUCUACACUCACUAAAGAAUUCACCGUUAACUCAGAGGUUGAAGUCCUCAUCGGAUACGAUGGACUACCAUAAGCAAGCCCACAACAAACCUUAGAUCAGCACUCGGAGACAUCACUAGAGUCAAAGCUCUGACCCGGUGACUGGGGACUGCUGAGUGUCAGUGUGACCAAGACCAAAAAUGAGCUUCCUGUGUCUGUAGGUGGAGCUAAAAUAGGUCUCGAUCUCUUCAACCUAAUACAGAGUUUUCACUUGAUUCUUUGUUUAAAAGAAAAGAGAGCAUCUUUAAAUGUUUUUGUCAUGACUUUAGUCUUUCCAGGGACAGGGUUCUCUUCUUUCAAUUUGAUCAUUUUCUCUAUGUAUGUUUUAUACUGUCACUGUAGUUCGGAUGCAGUCCAGCCACCAAAGUGCCUUUUAAUAUGGAAUGCUGUUCUACUCACAAUAACCUGCUGUAGAUGAUUAUGCAAAUCCUCACUCACUAUUGGUGAGUUGGUGCUUCUGCGCACUUAUGUCAUUCUUAAUGUGGUCUAUAUAGAAGAUCACUGGUGGGGUGUUGAGGUGUGCAUCCCAAAUGGAAACCUAUUGUCUAUAUAGUGCUAUUUAUGGAAUAGGGUGCACUUGAUAUGGAGUAGGGUGUCAUGUGGGAUACAGUCAAGGGUUGUAACUAGGGGGAUUUAACUUGUUCUUAAUGUCAAGCACUCUACUGUAAGAGUAUGAUUAUGUCCAAUCACAAUCCAGAUUGUUUUAAUACUCCUCAACCAUUGGCUGACAGUACGUAUGAGAUAAGGCCUUCUGGAACUUCAUAACACUGCGUGUUAAAGCCUGUAUGAUUCCCGUUUAUGAUCAGUCAUUACUGUAAAAUAAGAUGUAUACUGUAUAUCAGUAAAGAAUAGGGCCGUACUAUGAAGAUGAAUAAUAAACAGUGAGACUGUUA